CUCGUGAUCUGACGGGGCGGGGAAACCGGUCACGUGACAAGCGAGGGGGCGCGGCACUUGUCCAAGAUGGCGGCGUACUUGCAGUGGCGGCGCUGUUUCUUUGACAGAGAGACGGUGAAGGAGCCGCUGGGGCCAGAUGGGGCUGGUGGGAAGCCCUUCGCGUUACCCACGGGCAUCGCAGUCUGCGACUCGGGCCGGGGAAGCCUCGUGUUCGGGGAUAUGGAAGGUCAGAUUUGGUUUUUGCCUCGCUCUCUUCAACUCAGCAGUUUCCAGGCUUACAAGCUCAGGGUAACACAUCUGUACCAGCUGAAGCAGCACAGCAUCUUGGUUUCUGUUGGUGAGGAUGAAGAAGGCAUUAACCCCUUGGUUAAAGUCUGGAACCUGGAGAAACGUGAUGGUGGCAAUCCUCUUUGCACACGAAUUUUUCCAGCGAUACCGGGUAACAAGCCCACAGUUGUAUCCUGCCUGACUGUCCAUGAGAAUCUUAAUUUCAUGGCUAUUGGUUUUGCCGAUGGCAGUGUCGUACUUACAAAAGGAGACAUAACUCGAGACCGGCACAGUAAGACCCAGAUCCUACACGAAGGCAGUUACCCAGUUACUGGCCUUGCUUUUCGACAGUCUGGCAAAACAACGCAUCUAUUUGUGGUGACUACAGAGAACAUCCAGACUUACAUGCUUUCGGUGAAAGACUAUCCCCACUUGGAGCUGGACACGCAUGGCUGUGGACUGCGCUGUUCGUCUCUCAGCGACCCCUCCCAGGAUCUCCAGUUCAUUGUGGCAGGAAACGAAUGUGUGUACCUUUAUCAACCGGAUGAACGUGGCCCCUGCUUUGCCUUCGAGGGACAGAAGCUGAUUGUUCACUGGUAUCGGGGGUACCUCAUCAUUGUCUCCAAGGACCGGAAGACUUCUCCAAAGUCGGAGUUUGCUGGGAAUGAGGCACAGAAUUCGGACAAACAAGUCCUGAAUAUCUAUGACUUGUGCAACAAAUUCAUUGCCUACAGCUCGAUCUUUGAUGAUGUAGUGGAUGUCUUAGCAGAGUGGGGUUCUCUGUAUGUCCUGACCAGAGACGGGAAGAUUCACGUACUGCAGGAGAAGGAUACGCAAACCAAACUCGAGAUGCUGUUCAGGAAGAACUUGUUUGAAAUGGCCAUCAACCUGGCCAAGAGCCACCACUUGGACAGCGAUGGUUUGUCAGAGAUUUUCCGGCAGUACGGCGAUCAUCUGUAUAACAAGGGGAACCAUGACGGAGCCAUCCAGCAGUAUAUCCGAACUAUAGGGAAGCUGGAACCGUCUUAUGUUAUUCGGAAAUUCCUGGACGCUCAGCGUAUCCACAACCUCACUGCUUAUCUGCAGACGCUCCACCUGCAGUCCUUGGCCAAUGCAGAGCACACUACGCCCCUGUUGAAUUGCUACCGCACUACGCGCCUGCUGAAUUGCUAUACCAAGCUCAAGGACAGCUCCAAACUGGAGGAGUUCAUUAAGACGAGUGAGAGUGAGGUCCGUUUUGACGUGGAAACGGCGAUCAAGGUGCUUCGUCAAGCGGGUUACUACUCCCACGCUGUGUACCUGGCAGAGAAGCACGCGCAUCACGAAUGGUACCUCAAAAUCCAGCUGGAAGACAUCAAAAACUACCAAGAGGCUUUGUGCUAUAUCGGAAAGCUGCCUUUUGAUCAGGCAGAGAGUAACAUGAAGCGGUAUGGUAAAAUCCUGAUGCACCACGUCCCUAACGAGACCACAGAAUUGCUGAAGAUCCUUUGCACUGAUUACCGGCCGUCAGGAGACAACGAGGGCACUGGGAUCCUGGAAGGGAAAAAGGCCAAUUCGGAAGAGUUCAUUCCAAUCUUUGCAAACAACUCCCGAGAACUGAAGGCUUUUCUGGAGCACAUGACUGAGGUGCAGGCUGACUCCCCACAGGGCGUCUACGACACUUUACUGGAACUUCGGCUCCAGAACUGGGCGCAUGAACAAGACGAGCAGGUCAAGGAGAAGCUGCACAAUGAAGCCCUCACCCUCCUGAAGAGCGGAAGGUUCAAAACGGUCUUUGAUAAGGCCUUGGUCUUAUGUCAGAUGCACAAUUUCAAGGAUGGUGUCCUCUACCUGUAUGAGCAGGGCAAACUUUUCCAGCAGAUCAUGCACUACCAUAUGCAGAACGAGCAGUACAAGAAGGUGAUCGAGGUGUGCGAGUUGUAUGGAGACCAAGAGGCUUGUCUCUGGGAACAGGCUCUCGGCUACUUUGCGCGGAAGGAGGAGGACUGCAAGGAGUAUAUUGCUGCGGUGCUGAAACACAUUGAGAACAAGAAUCUUAUGCCUCCGCUGCUCGUUGUGCAGACCCUGGCUCAUAACUCCACAGCCACGCUUUCUGUGAUUAAGGAUUAUCUCGUCAACAAGCUGCAGAAGCAGAGCCGCCAGAUAGAGCAGGAUGAGCAGAGAAUUCUGAAAUACCGCGAAGAAACCACAAGGAUCCGCCGCGAGAUCGAAGAACUAAAAGCAAGUCCCAAGAUCUUUCAGAAGACCAAGUGUAGCAUUUGCACCAGUGCCCUGGAGCUGCCUUCAGUCCACUUCCUGUGCGGUCACUCCUUCCACCAGCAUUGCUUUGAAAGCUACUCGGAAAGCGAUUCCGAAUGUCCUACUUGCAUGCCAGAGAAUCGCAAGGUGAUGGACAUGAUCCGAGCCCAGGAGCAGAAGAGAGAUCUGCACGACCAGUUUCAGCAUCAGCUCAAGUGUUCCAACGAUGGCUUCUCCGUUGUGGCCGACUACUUUGGUCGAGGCGUCUUCAACAAGCUCACCCUCAUCACGGACUUGCCCCCGGGAAAGGCGGCUACGACCAUCGAGGCCGGCCUGCAGCGGGAGCUGCUC